AUGUCGCCUUCACUCGAAUUCAAAGGCUAUGCUCUGACAGAUCCCUCCUUGUGGAGCGAUCUUAAAGUGACCGCGUUCAAGCCCAAGACUUUCCAGCCGGAGGACGUCGAGAUUGCCAUUACACAUUGCGGUGUCUGCGGCUCUGAUGUCCAUACGCUCACACAAGGUUGGGGAGAGAGCAAUCUGCCUCUCGUCGUUGGCCACGAGAUCAUCGGAAAGGUCACUCGCGUCGGCGACAAGGUCACGGAGUUCAAACCGGGCGACCGAGUGGGUGUCGGCGCACAAAUCGGCAGCUGCCUCCAGUGCAAGCAGUGCAAGUCUGACUACGAGAACUAUUGUCCGGACAGCAUCGACACCUACAAUGGCGAAUAUCCUGACGGCGUCAUCACCCAUGGUGGAUAUUCCACUGCUAUCCGGGCUCAUGAGCGUUUCGUCUUUCCUAUUCCAGAUGGUAUCGAGUCCCGUCACGCCGCAACCAUGCUCUGCGCAGGUCUCACCGUCUACUCUCCCUUGAAAACGUAUGGCGCAGGACCGGGGAAGAAGAUCGGCGUUGUCGGCAUUGGAGGACUCGGACAUUACGCCGUUUUGUGGGCGAAGGCGAUGGGCGCGGAAGUUUACGCCUUCACCCAUGACAAGACCAAGAUAGAAGAUAUCAAGAAGAUGGGAGCUGACCACAUCAUUAACACCGAAGAGACGGACUUCCACAAACCCUUGGCGUUGACUCUCGACCUCAUUAUCUCCACGCGUGAUGUGUAUUCACCUGACACUCCGCUGAGCGCAUACCUCUCUAUGCUUUUCGUCCAUGGCAAAUUUAUCACGGUCGGAAUUCCGGACGCCAGCGACCCUUUGCCUCAGCUUCAUCCCUUUGAUUUCGGGAAUGGUUGUCUCCUGGGUGGUAGUCAUGUUGGGAGCAAAAAGGAGUGCUUGGAGAUGCUGGAGCUCGCGCGGUCGAAGAAUGUGCGCCCCUGGAUCGAGGAGAUGCCGAUGCGGGACGUUAAGAAAGCGCUUGAAGGAGUGAAGCAUAACAAGGUGCGCUAUCGGUACGUAUUGACUCAGGAUAUCAACUAG